CAUCCAUUGAUCAACAUAAACGAAAAAGAAAGAAAAAAACACACACAAACAGAUACAACAAAAAUGGGUAAGAAUUUGAGCAUGAUGUUGAUGAUGGUGAUGAUAAUAGUGGCGAUUCUGAUCGGAGGUGAAGCAAAAUCGGAGAUAGAAUGCAGUAUUUUGUGUCGUCCCCAUUGUAAAAGCUCAUCAUCAGCUGGAGAAUGUUCUGACUGUCAUAGAAAAUGUGAGCAAUCUCCACCAUCAGUGAAGAAACAGAUUCUUAAGAACGAGAACAUGACCAAAAAAUAUGAUAUACUUGACUAAUUUAUAACAUAUAUGAUGAUUGUAUGAUUGUAUCGAUGGACACUUUAGUCCAACUGUUGUUGCUUAUGUACUUCUAUAUUAUCUUUUAAUAAUAAGAAGAGAAAUUGCAUU